AUGGCUAAUACCGUCCAUAUUAAAAUGAUGGACAAGGAUGUUGAAAUAGAUUUGUUGAGUAAUAAUUUGACGCUGAGCACCGUCAAAAGCCAGUUUCUGCUUCCUUGGGAUGCAGUAGUUUCGUUAAGUUAUGAAGUUAACAGUCGUCAGAAAGGAUGCGAGUAACUCAUAUUUUGAAUUAUUUCUGAUUUAUUUCAAUUAAUUUAGAGUAAAUGAAAAUGGUUCGGCGUUUAUACUACCGGCGGACUUUUCAAAUAUGCAGUUCAGUGUGGAAUCGGAUAAAACUCCUUCUCGACCAGCUUCCUCCAUGGAUGUACGCCCGAACGUCAGCCCAUAUCCCGACGGUAAUACUAAAUUUGUUACUAAAAAUAUAUUGUACAUGCUAUGAUCUCAACGUUUUAAUGAUGAAAGUUUUCAGCUCCUUCACCACCGCCUCCAUUGUCUAAAUCCAUCGACAAAUGGAUGUUCUAUGCCAGUGAUUUGGCGGGAAAGUCGACUGUUGUGUGUGUCCAUCCACGAUAUUUUGUGACAUUUCGUCAUGGGACGCACCUUCUUCUACAACUCGGAAGUGCGAUGAAGAUUUUUCAUGCAACGGCCGAGGAUCAACCUAAUGCGGAGAGUGGCUGGGAAGUUACCGUCGUUGAUAUAAACGAGAAAUUGGACUUCAUCCUUCUCCGCAGUAAGGAGAACAUUGUUGAGGUAAUUUAUUGCUUAUAUGUUUAUUUAUAACAUUUAUAUGAUUUUGUUUAACGCUAAUUAUUUCUAGACAGCGCCACGAUUGGUCGGAGGAGAAGAAUCCGAGAUAUUCCUUCUGGCGGGAUUCGGCGAUAUGACUUCUGGCUCUCAGAAGUUAGCGUACUUAAGUGGAAUUGUGCACUCUGUUCGAGGGUACUACUUUUCACUUAACGACAGGCCGUCACCUCCACUCAUGGGCCCGUUCUAUUUGGGAACUGGACAAAGUUCUAGAGGAGAUUCAGGUAAGUAUAAUAUAUUUGCUGUUUGCUUAUAGUUUUUAUUUAAUAUUUUCUUAUAGUUUUUAUUUAAUUUUUAAUUUUACUUAAUUCAAUUUAAAUAAAUUAAUUUACAAAAAUUCCAGGCGGUGCAUGUUGGAGCUCACGCGGACUGAUUGGAAUAAAAUACGGAGUUACUUGUAUGCCAGAUGUCGGCUUCACACAUUUUGUGAUCCACGAAGCGGCGACCUACAGUCCUAAAACCAUAAUAUCUCCCGCAGUGCGCUUCGAGGAAUCUCUUAUGGUAAGAGUUGGAUUCGAUUUAAAGCGAUAUUAAAUUUACAUUUUUAGGCUCAAUUGCGAAUUGAGCAGCAAAACUCUCCAAAAACUCCGCCAUCAAAAAAGAAGCUCAUUCAGACGGAAAUAGAAGGUCUUGGCUCCCAAACAUUGUUCAUAGAUGAAGCACGGCGUUCCGCGCAAUGA